GGCGGGCGAGGCGGGGCCUGCUGCCCGCCCGUUCGCCCGGCCGCUCUGUGGCGCCGGCCGAGGCGGUCGGCGAGGCGCGGGGAGCGGACGGAGGUAUCAGGAGUUGAAAUGACAUAGCAAAGUCUUCAAAACGCUGACUGCAAGAUGAGCUCCUUCCACUUGAUGCUGAAAGGAGGUGCUGUUUUCAAUUGAUUUGAAUACUGGUAAACUGAAACUCCAAGAAUGAUGAUCAGCUUAUUGGCAAGUUCCAGGAAAACCACAUACAAAGCAACUAAAUAAAGCCUAUGGUAUGAGUGCUUUGUCAGAUAAACCGUCCAAAAGUAGUACAUACUUUGAGGCUGUUGUAUUAAAGUGUUGAACUCUGCUCUGUGUGUCCCUCUGCUACCCCAACACUUCUGCAUAUGAAAUGUUUCAAAAGAAGGAGCUGGUGUGGCUUAUUUGUCACUAAAGUGAACUACAUUGGAUAUAAAACAAAAGAUGACAUCUACAUUUUUGCUGAUUGGUCAUCUCAUUCUACUGAUACCUCUGUUCAGUGCUGAAGAAUGCGUUAUAUGUGAUUACUUUGUACUUGUUGGAGAGCCUACAGCUAUUAGUUGCCCAAUAAUUACAUUGCCAGUACUUCACUCUGAUUACAAUCUGACGUGGUAUAAAAACAGUACUGCUACACCAGUAACCACAGAGAGAGAUGCCAGGAUUCAUCAGCAAGAGGGCUUGCUUUGGUUUAUUCCUGCAAUGCUGGAAGAUUCUGGACCUUAUGAAUGUCAUGUAAGGAGCCUUAACCACUCUAACAAAAAAACUAUAAAUUUAACAGUUUUUAAGAACGAUAAUGGUCUGUGUUUUAAUGGAAAAAUGAAGUUUGAACAAAAAGUGAUGAGCACAAAUACUGGCAAGAUUAUAUGUCCUGAUCUAGAACAUUUUAAAGAUGAAGACAAUAAUCAGCCUGAAGUACACUGGUAUAAGGAGUGUAAGCCUGGAUUUCUUGAAGACAAGCGACUUCUUUUGGCAGAGGGUGAAAAUGCUGUCUUGAUUCACAACGUAAGUCUAGAAGACAGAGGAAACUACACAUGCCGUAUGGUAUACACAUAUAUGGGAAAACAAUAUAAUGUUUCACGAACCAUAAGUCUAGAGGUUAAAGAAGGACCACUGCAGAUGAGACCAGAGUUUAUUUAUCCGAAGAACAAUACAAUUGAAGUAGAACUUGGCUCUCAUGUAGUUAUGGAAUGUAAUGUAUCAAGCGGCAUAAAUGGCUUGAUUCCAUUCUGGCAAGUUAAUGAUGAGGAUGUUGAUAGCUUUGAUAGCACCUACAGGGAACAGUUUUAUGAAGAGGUGAUGCCUCGUGGACUUGCUGUAUCUGGAACAAAAUUCAACAUUUCAGAAGUGAAAGUAAAGGAUUAUGCUCAUAAAUUUUUCUGCCACUUCAUAUAUGGUUCUGAACAAUUUACAGCCUACAUCAAAUUGGAACGACCAGCUUGGAACAUGCAGGGUUACUUAAUUGGAGGAGGAGUUUCUUUGGUAUUUUUAGUAUUUUUUACUCUCUUUAUCUACAAGAUUUUCAAAAUUGAUAUUGUGCUUUGGUAUCGGGACUCCUGCCAUCGUUUCCUGUGUAAAAAAGUUUCAGAUGGGAAGAUCUAUGAUGCUUACAUUCUGUAUCCAAAGAACAGAGCGAGCUGCUUGUAUUCAUCAGAUAUUUUUGCUCUGAAGAUACUGCCAGAGGUCUUAGAAAGACAGUGUGGAUAUAACCUCUUCAUAUUUGGGAGGGAUGAUUUACCAGGAGAAGCUGUGGCCAGCAUUGCUGAUGAAAAAAUCCGUCAAAGUAGAAGAGUGAUAAUUGUUUUAGUACCAGAACCCUCCUGUUACAGUAUCCUAGAAGAUGUGUCUGAAAAGCAGCUAGCCAUGUAUAAUGCUCUUAUCCAAGAUGGCAUUAAAGUAAUACUCAUUGAACUCGAAAAAAUACAAGAUUAUGCAACCAUGCCAGAAUCCAUCAAAUACAUAAAGCAAAAGCACGGGGCUAUCCGAUGGAAAGGGGACUUCUCGGAAAGGUCUCUCUCAGCAAGUACCAGAUUCUGGAAGAAAGUGCGCUACCGCAUGCCAUCCAGAAAGAGUGGAUCUUCCUCAGGAUUGCAUUUGUUACCAAAAGACUUUAAUUCUCCCUAAAUAACAAAAGAUGACACUUAAUGACUAAUUCAGUUCACUUAGUUGGUGAUCGACUGAUUGAAGGUCACAUGUAUCUGUUUUGUGCAGACAGUCUUAUCCAAAUUUUCUGGAUUGAAGGUACUACGACCUCAUCUACAGAUGUGAAUCAUUUUUUCUUCUGGCCAGACCAACAGAACGCCUUGAAAUGUUGGCAGAAGCACAGUGAUGACAUGGAAACCAUGUAGGAAGUACAUGAGGCCUUUUCCAAGAAUUGCACUGUGACUUGGUGGAAUUCUUUUGACAUUAAAAAUGGAAGGGGAAAAAACUAUCGAAGAACCAGAAAACUUGUUUUUUGCAAUAAAGGUUGAAUAUGAAGGGAACUAUAUUAAUUAUAAUUGUGAUAUUAUGUAAUGGGCAUGGUUGAUGCCAGUAAAUGUUUUUGUUUCAUUUUUUUAAUGAUACGACACAAAACUUCUGUUACAAGUUCGUUAUUUGUCCUGUUCAGUUUGUUGAAAGAUAAAUCCUUGUGUUACUACAUCAGUGUGUUAUCGUCCAAGAGAAAAGGUAAGAGACAAUCCCAGCCCCCCGAAAGUGCUGUUGAACCUGACAAAGCAUAAAUACUCUUCCCUGAUCUUUUUUACAUUUUAAAGGACUGUACCAUUUUUAGUCGCUUGUCCCAUGCAGACAUCGUAGAAGUACCAUUGUAAUGCUGUGCUGAGUCAAAAAAUUAAUCUCAAGAGAAUUUUUUUUUUCCCCAGUUAAGUAGCUUAGUAUAUUUAUUCUUAUUUUACCCAAGUGGAACAAUUAGCUAAUGACACAGGCGCUCUCGUGGGGAUUACAGGAUGGUUGGCUUCAUCUGCCUUACCUUAAAGACCAGAUCAAGGGACUUCAGGGCACCCACUUCUUGUGGGUCGCUGUUGCUGAAGGAGAGCAGGUCUUCCCUCCUGUUCCCAGCCAGGGUGCAUUUGUCAGCUUUGAAACCUGAAGCUGGCUGAACAGACUAAUGUGGCAGAAAUAGUUCUUUCCCUUAGGAUAGUUUUCUCCCAGAUUAAUGAGUUUACGUGGUUCCCGAAGGGUUCAGAAUGCAAUUGGAGACGAGGAGGGGUGGUGGGACCGUGUUUUUUGGCUCCAGAUGUGUUUAGAAAAUAGAGCUAAAAUAGCAUUGUUGCCCAGUACUCCUUAAAGUGAGAGAGAGAUGCCCUCUGUUACCCCCUGCAGCUGCUUGCUUUUCUCAUUUCCCCCUGCCCUGAUGAUCAAAGGAAUCUGAGGUGACUGUGUAUUGAAUUUGGCUGGGGCUGGAUGAAUUGGGGCUGGAGUCACAGCUUCCAAACAGCUGUUUGGAAAAGGAAGUCGUUAAAACUUACUGUGCAUGUUGAAUCCUUUCUCUUUCCUUUUUUUGUUUGUUGUUUUUUUUUUUUUUUAACAAUAUUAUGUAUGCCACAAUUGUUAACUCUGAAGUUAUGUUUGACUUGUGUGUAGGCAGUGAUGUAGUUUGUAAUGAUCAAUUCUUUUUUCAGGGGAGGGAAUUGAUUUGAUUUUAAAAAACCGUCAAAUCUGUUUAAUGCCAUGUUUAUAGCUAUGAAUUUUAUAGGAGCAGGAGACGUGAGAGCCGAAUUGCCUGUGCUUUUCAGUCUGUCCUUGAAAGUUACCUUUUUAAGUUAUGAGAACUAGUUGUAUAUGGAAGCUUCAGGAUUUGACUGUUGUUGCCUUUAACUGCUGCUUGCAACUCUGAAUUCCUGUGUGUGCCCUAUCAGCUGCUCUCUUGCAGCACCUUUUGCUCUCUUGCAGCACCUUUUGCUCUCUUGCAGCACCUUUUGCUCUCUUCCCAUUCAAACUCCAGCCUGUCUUUUCCCAUGCAGCUCCCUUAUCUUGGAACAAGCAACUUACUAUUGUGUCAAACCCCAUCACUUUCCAAGCUGUCCUUUCAAGGCUGUUGCUAAUACAAUACAGUACUGGGCAGAAAUUUUCCCUUUGAGUUGGUCCUUUGAAAGCUCCACAUGUUCAUCUGAAAAAACUCAUGUUCUGCAUCCUUCAGAAUUUGUCUGCUCAUUUUGACACUGCAGUGUUGGCUUUUUCUUCUUUGAUGGCUCAUGCCUCCAUCUUCAACCAAACCAAACUGAUAGUGUGAGAUACCAUCCCACGGAAGAACUGCCCAGUAAACGUGGGAUGGUGUGACCCUUGUGGUUCUGCCUGAUAAGUGUCAGAACCAGUGGAAAUAGGUUCUUCUCCCACCUAAAGUGCUUUGGUUACCUUGGUGCAUGCUGGAAACUUGAAACUCUGCUUCUGAGAGACAGUGCCUUCUGAGCUUUGUGAGUUGAGUGUGUGUUUGGCCAGAAGGGAAUAAGAAUCUCUUCAUUUCAGGACAGGAGGGGGGGAAAGUGCAUUUGAAGCAUCAGACUAUUUCAAACUGUCAUGGUACUGGAGUGUUUUAUUGAUGAAUGUCAUGUAUGUAUAGACCAAUGCACAUGCUUAUAUUCUGUUCUCUGUCUGUGUUUUAGUCAAGAUAAGUGUCAAGGGAGGAUCAGUUCUGGUUAUGAAGUGCCACAUUCACUUAGCUGUUGCACACAGCCUGCUUUUAAAUGUGGUGUGUGUUCAGCGACAGCCUGUUGUAGAGUAAAAGAGCCUUGAGAUCCAUCUGAAGUUACUGAGAUUGAUCUAAGUAAGGGUAAUUGUUACAGUUCACAUCAAUAGAAGAAUUUAGUAGGACAGAAGCUGUACGGUUUGGUCACAGAACUCUUCUGUAAGAAGAUUCCUAUAUCAAAUGUGAAGACUAGACACUGGAAGUAUGGUAUUUGUACUCUGAGGACUAGGGUAUAAUACUGACUUUGUGCUUCCACCUUGACAGCUUGCAGCGUGCAGGCCAGCCAACAGAGUUCCAGCGACCUCGGGCCUCUUGAAUUAUUUUUGCUGACUGGAAUAGAUUGAAUGAAAAACUGCUACUUGUCAUCCCUACCUUUAGGGAUAGGAAAGUUAUUUUACUGAGCCAAAAUACUGUUUUUAAAAAAAAUAUUUGUUCUUUUUGAUGUAUUUAUACAAAUGAUGCAAAAGUUUUCAUGUGUGUUACGUAAACGCACUUUGAAGAAAGGUCCAUUUUUUUAAUUCAAUAAAGGCACUACAUAUUUUUUUUUCUUACAGCA